UUGUUUGUUUGUUUGUUUGUGCUUUGUGUGCAACCUCGGACAGUUGAUGUCGACUGAACGGCGUGAAGUGGAAAAUUUUCGAUUGUGAGAGAAAGAAAUUAUCUCAGGAGUGGACUAGCGCGUCGUUCGAGGAGUUCGCGCUGGGCAGCGCUGUUGCUAUGGGAACACACAACCAGAGUUGUGUGUUUUCCCUCAGUCACUUCCGUAGCAUCGUUAGCAUGGAGAGUCUAAAUAAUCUUUAUUCUUCAAUAUGCUCUGAACUUCAGCUGUCUCUGAAUACUUACAUUUCUCAAGAGCUGAAAGAGACGGAAAAAUGCGACAGAGAUGUUUCUCUCAAACUGAGGGGCAACAACCGACUGAAACAAGUGUUCCGAUUAACAGAUGAAGACGUUAAAGCCUUGUCUAAAACUCUCCGGAAUAAUUUACAUGUGAAAGCUUUAGAUCUGAGAUACAACAAGAUCACGAAUGAAGGAGCAGUCCAUCUUGCGGAUCUCAUCCAGGAGAACGUGGCUCUGCAGGAGCUCGAUCUGAUGUGUAACAGCAUUGAAGCCGGUGGUGCAGAGCGAAUUGCAAAAAGUUUGCAUCACAACACAACCCUGAAGAAACUGAGAAUGACAGGAAAUAAGAUUGGGAAUAAAGGCGCCAUGCACUUCGCCAGCAUGUUGCAAAUCAACACCACGUUAGAAGAGCUGGAUGUGUCGGACUGUGACCUGGACACACAGAGUUUGAUCACAUUUGCAAUUGUUCUUUCCAACAACAGAAGCCUCGUCUCCAUCAACGUCAGUCGUCCCCUCCUCUUCAGUCUGCAGGACGAGACUACAGUCCACACGGCUCACAUGCUGGAGGUCAAUCGCAGUCUGAAGGAGCUUCACAUGGGCAAACACAGCAUGACAGACUCCGGAGUUCAGAGACUGUGUGAGGCGUUAAUAUCCAACCACAGCCUGCGUUACCUGGACCUGCGCUGUAACAGAAUAACAAGGGACGGUGCGAGAUGCCUGGCCGGACUCCUGAGAAACAACGACACGAUACAGAUUCUGGACCUGUCCUUCAAUCGGAUCGAGGACGACGGCGCGGUGUACCUGAGUGACGCCAUCGCGCUGAAACACACCAAACUCAGAGCACUCUCCAUCCAGAGCAACAACGUGUCCACCACCGGCCUGCUGUCCCUCAGAGAGGCCAUCAACGCUAAUCCUCACCUCACACACAUUUACAUCUGGGGGAACAGACUGGAGGAGCCGGUGUGUGAGGCUUUCUCACAGCUCAUCUCCUCGAGCCGUCUGUCUGAGCAGCACACAGACGUGACUCCGUACACAGCAGACGGGCGUGUCCACCUGGCUGAGGUGUCCAACGGGUUAUGCCGGCAUUAUUACUGGACCCCGUCCUACAGCGAAGACGGAGGUGCUGCCAGUAACGCUGCUCUGACUCUAAACAUCACACCAACUCACACUUCAGCCUAACUGAGCUCAACAACCCGUAAAUAAACACACCCCGUGUGUUAGUCUGGGGUUAAAUCAUAUUUUAAUAGACUCCGAUUACAUAUUGUAUGAACUAUACAAAUCCCUGUGAUCCAGCUGUUACUAUAGAAACGAUAAUAUUUUAACACCAAUACAUUCAUUUACUGUAGUGUAGAUUUCACAUCAGUAAGCCAUAAUCAUCCGAUAGGAAACCAGUCCACGUCGGACUCGAGUGUGAGGGCGCGUCAGGGUAAACCGGUUAAUCUGCGACGUUCUGCACGUCCACUUCAUCCCACUCCAGCAGGACAUUCCUCUUCUUCAGGAUGUUCUCCAGGUUCAGUCUCUCCUCUGAGCUGAGAAUCCAGCGUUGCAUAGACACACGCCGGAGUAACGGCAGCUGAGGAAGAGCCUCCAUCGUGACUGAUACCCACGCAGACGCAGACAGACAGGCGUCAGGACGCAGGCUGAUGUCCAGCUCCUGCAGCUGCUUCAGCCCUCCUGCUUCUCUGAAGAACAAGACCCAGCCAGCAUCUCCGACACGGCCGUUAUAGGAAACAUCUAAAAGCUUCAGAUUCGACAACGCGCCACGUUUACACGCCAAUUCUGUAACACACGUGCAGAGCAACAAACACUGAACAUAUGCAGGACAAACUGCGUACCUUUUAUACAAGUGCAGGGUCAAAAGCUGUCCACUAGAGGGCAGGUCAGAGCUGAAACAUCUAUGGGUUUCCAUGCCAACAUGUAAAAGUUAUAAGGAUUUCAUGCUACUAUUCUGACAGACACACCCAAACAGUUCUCUAAGCUUGUAGGUGCUCUUAAACAGUUUUAAAAAGUCAAACUCUAACUGUUCACUCUCAGCAAUAACGGUACUAAAUAGGACCUUUUCUGUUACUGAGGUGGAACCCUCAAGAGUACCUUUUUUUUUUUUCAUAUUUAUUUUUUUUAUAUCAAAAGUGCCACAGAAACAGAUUAAAAACCACAUGUAAACGUUGA